AUGUUUACUAGUAUAUCAAAGCACACGCUGACUAUCACGUCAGUUUUCAAACGUUUCAAACACGAAUACGCACCAAGAUUCAGAGAAGUUGAAAAAGCACAAAAGGGACGAGUUUCCGUAAGGACAGGGGGAUCGAUCAAGGGAAACAGUCUAGAAUUUGGCAAAAUUGGAUUACGUUUGAAAUCACGCGGAUUGAGAAUGGGCGCCAAUCAAUUACUAGCAGCUGACAAAGUUUUGCGUCGUGAGUUGCGUCCGACUAAAUCAAAGCUUUUCACUCGAUUCGUAUGCGAUUUGGCUGUUUGUAUCAAAGGUAAUCAAACAAGAAUGGGUAAAGGUAAGGGGCCAUUUGACCACUGGGCAACUAGAGUACCCACGGGGAAAGUACUUUUUGAAAUCAAUGGGGGAAUUCAUGAUAAAGUUGCCAGAGAAGCUUUACGUAAAGCAGCAGACAAGUUGCCCGGGUUAUAUGAGAUUAUAACACCGGAAUCGAAGGUAAGAGUUAGUAUGACUGAUUUGAUUGAUAAACCGGAAAAGGUUAAUUAUGUUGAAAAGUUGAAUGCCCAACCAAGUAAGAAAUGGAGCAACAUCCAAACUUUCAAGACCAAUCCUAUGUAUAAAUUGUAUAGCGGGAGGUAG